AUGGCGCUCUUACGGCUACGUGCUCCUGUUAACUAUGAAGAUCAACUCUCUGCCUUUGAAGAUUUCCUGACGUCGUUCAAAUCCUCAGCCACAGAGACUGAGGACGCUCUGGAAGGCCUCCAGAUUGUGGAGGAUGAGUCUCCCAAUGGCACUACCUUUCGCAGACGGCAACAUCCGGAGAGCAGGCGUGCGCAGAAGCACAAAUACGUAGGCAUGCUGCAAGACGUUGUAGACCGAGAUAGUACACAGAUUUUGAUUGAUCUAGACGAUCUGGACAGUUAUGAGAAGGCCCUCGGCGACGUAGGACAUGGACUGAAACUUGUCCAGUCUGUACAAAACAAUACUCAUCAUUAUAUUGAGGUCUUUUCAAGAGCUUGCGAUAAGAUUAUGCCGGCCCCUUCUAGGGAAUCUAACUUUAAGGAUGACGUACUCGACAUAAUUAUGACUCAACGGUCUAAACAUAAUGAGAGAUUACAAGAAGCUGUGGAGGCAGAUCAUACACUCGCUAAUCCGGAGACUAUCUUCCCUCCCGAACUCACUCGCCGCUACACCUUGAAUUUCAAGCCCUUAACACCGGUCGGGUCAAGUACUGAGCGCACCAGCAAAGCUCUUGCUGUCCGAAACGUCAUAGGGGAGCAUCUUGGUCACCUGAUCACGGUUCGCGGGAUCGCUACAAGAGUUUCCGACGUCAAACCUUCAGUGCAAGUGAGCGCAUACGCCUGCAACCGGUGUGGAUGUGAGAUCUACCAGCCAGUGACAACAAAAGCCUUCACACCGAUGAGGGAGUGCCCUUCACAGGACUGCAAAGACUACAACUUAAAGGGCCAACUAUGCUUAUCAACACGAGCCUCGAAGUUUGUCCCCUUUCAGGAGGUCAAAAUCCAGGAGAUGGCCGAUCAGGUCCCGGUAGGUCAUAUCCCCAGACAACUCACAAUCCAUUGUCACGGUUCCUUGGUUCGCCAAAUCAACCCAGGCGACGUAGUUGAUGUCGCAGGAAUUUUCCUCCCUACACCGUACACAGGCUUUAAAGCUAUUCGAGCUGGGCUUCUUACAGACACAUAUCUCGAAGCCCAGUUUGUGAUCCAACACAAGAAAGCUUACGAUGACAUUGUUCUCGCCCAACCCACACUGAAGAGGAUGGAUGAAUUAGAGCGCAGCGGGCAGCUAUACGAGGUCCUCUCGCGAUCAAUCGCUCCCGAAAUCUUUGGACACCGAGACGUUAAGAAAGCCUUGCUGCUACAACUAAUUGGCGGGGUAAAGAAAGAGAUGGGUGAUGGUAUGGCUAUUCGAGGUGACAUCAACGUCUGUUUGAUGGGUGAUCCUGGUGUAGCCAAAUCCCAGCUUCUGAAGUAUAUCACCAAGGUGGCGCCUCGUGGUGUCUAUACGACGGGUCGGGGAAGCAGUGGAGUCGGUCUUACUGCUGCCGUUAUGCGUGACCCGGUGACCGACGAGAUGGUUCUGGAAGGCGGUGCACUGGUCCUUGCAGAUAAUGGUAUGUGCUGUAUAGAUGAGUUCGACAAGAUGGACGACAGUGAUCGGACCGCAAUUCAUGAAGUCAUGGAGCAGCAGACAAUCUCCAUAAGCAAGGCCGGAAUCACUACCACCCUAAACGCGAGGACAUCAAUUCUUGCGGCAGCAAAUCCUCUUUACGGCAGGUACAACCCUCGUAUCUCUCCAGUGGAGAAUAUCAACCUUCCAGCAGCUCUCCUCUCCCGUUUCGACAUCCUGUUUCUAAUCCUUGAUACCCCAUCCCGCGAAUCUGACGAGGAGCUCGCUCGUCACGUGACCCAUGUCCACAUUCAUAACAAGCACCCGGAGGCUGCUGCUGGUGUAGUAUUCUCACCACAAGAAGUCCGGCAAUGGGUCGCCCGUGCACGUUCGUUCCGGCCAACGGUGCCAAAGGCUGUAUCAGAUUAUCUGGUAGGCGCUUACGUUCGCAUGCGGCAACAGCACAAACGUGACGAGACUAACAAAAAAGCGUUUACGCACACUUCGCCGCGUACGCUACUUGGCGUUCUUCGUCUCUCGCAAGCUUUGGCCCGAUUACGUUUCGCAGAUGCUGUCAUCAUUGACGAUGUGGAUGAGGCGCUCCGUCUCGUCGAGGUUAGCAAGGCCAGUCUGUACGCGGAUGAAAGGGGUCAUGGAGAUCAAACGCCCAGCUCUAAGAUUUAUCAUCUUAUCAGAAACAUGGCUGCAAGUGGAGCUGCAGCAGUGGGCGAAUCGAGUGGUGAAUUGGACCUUCGCAGAGUCCGGGAGAGGGUUCUGGCCAAAGGCUACACCGACGUGCAAUUCGACGAAGCCAUCGAUGAGUAUGCUUUACUUGACGUGUGGCAAACUGCUGGUAAUGGCACCCGACUAAUGUUCAUCAAUGCCGGUAAUGAGGACUUCGACAUGGACGACGAUAUACAUUCAUGAACCGUACGCGACUGCCGCGUUCUCCUAUUUUGGAGUGUUUGAGUGUCAUCUAGGAUCAGAAAGUCAUGAAAAUCCCUUUUUAGUUCUAUCUGAUUUGUUGACCUUAGAACUUCUAUAUAGUCGGACUUUGAUCCCACAAAGCUAUACUAACGUCAAUUGUGAUCUUAUUUCAGAAAGGCUAGAGGUGUUGAUCCCCAAUGGGAAAUGUACUCUUAACAGUGCGAUCAAUUAGCAUGUUGAAAUGAAGCUCCGCUAUCUUAGCUAGCAUUCGAGCCUUGAAGCGAGACUUUACACAAACAGUCUUGUCAGUCAUAGGCGAAAGUCCACACAAAUUUAUUAAGCACGCUGGUUCGCACUGCAGUUUCACGGACACAGUGACGGCAGAGAGUGUCAAGAUUAUUGAACUACUACGUUGUAUAUAUAUAUAGAUGACCGUU